CGCCAAUGACGUUUUCGAGCUCGCCAAGCACUACCCCUGCCGCUUCCCCGUCACAGCUGCGUGGCAGGUGCGGGAGCUAUGCACUCAGCCCUACCCUGUCCGCCUAGCUGCGCAAUGCGGUACUCAUCAUCUUUGCGGCAGCAUAUAUAUAGACAACACGCCCACUUUCACUCCAUGACAUGACCUCGCCGGAAGGGAGGCCUCGAUGUGCUCGAGAUGAACUGCAUCUGCUGCCCGACUCCAGCACGACGCCGUCUGAUGCAUGGUCUGACGGCCAGAGAUGCCCAUCAGAGGCACCGGCGCGCCGCCUCAGCAAUGUGAUCGACCUGCAGGAUCCGGCUCGGAUCCUAGAAUGCUCGCAGCUGGAAAGACAGCGCAAGUUUCAGAACCUUGUACGCCGCUACCUGUCACAAGUACUUUACGGCUGCAAGAGUGCCUACUGUGAUACCACGACGUGUCUCUCGCGCAACAAGCGCGGUGCUUCCAGACCGUACCGGCCUCCGACGCAGCUCACGGCGCGAGCUUUGGCCUACUACCUCGCCAGCCAGAGCAACCCCCACCGGGGACUGUGCCCUCAUGAGCUCAAAGUUUCGCCCAGCUCUUUCGAGAUUGAAAGCGCUGUCGACUCAUACGCUAGAAACGGAGAAGCCGGUGAUGAGACCUAUGCGCGGCAGGUCGAACGGCUCAGGACACAGGAUGCAGUGGCAUGUGCUAUCGACAGUCGACACCAGACCAAAAAGGAUACGAAGUCAAUCGGGCAGAGCCUUCACGAUAGUGUCUCCAUGAUAUACUCAUAUUCGAAAUCGAUAUCCAGUCCAUUGCAUGCACUGAACGCAUUACGCGCCUCGAACGAUGACGCACGGCCAGAUUACACACACGGUGCAAACGAUACUGCAGUCACAGCGCGUGCACACGGGACAGCAGCUGUCACUCGCCAGCAUUCACAGCAGAAUCUGCGGGCACAGAGUCAGGCACAUGCGCCACGAGACCAACCUCAUGUGCUUAGCAAUGGCCAACAGGUCCAUAAAGUGCCCUACUACCGGCCCACUAUCUCAAGUCAAGGCGGCUCCACGAAACACACGAAUAACGUAGCACUCGACGGUGUACUCGAGACCCCAAAGAUGUCGAUAAUAAAGACUGGCAGGAAAUCGUUCACUCUUGGGGGUCCGAUUGCCCCAGCUAUCGCGAAGUCAAAGGCUACACCGGCACCAGCCGUUCGACACAAUGUCACAAAGUUUAGCAAUGACAAGCAGUCAGUCAUACCAAGUGUUUCAAGCCUGAGCUGCGAUACGUUAGACGAAUGGAAGGAAGAAUUUCAUGGCCGGCAGGAUCAAACUUCACGCACCAGCACUGCUAGCGGCCACUCCACACAUCGAUGGAACCAACCUGCCGAGGCGUUCGUCAGUCGGUCCUUGUUCUAUACCUUGAGUGAUGCAGAGACACUGCUACGGUCCUUUCACGACUCGAACGAAGCUUUUCAGUUCUCGCCCCUGCCGCACCUAGACUCUGCACGACUUACGCACUCUUUUCGAGACUGGAGUCAAUGUAGUGGGGCUCUGAUAUUCGACAGCCUGUCUGUUGCUUUGGAGGCUCUCUACACUCGUCCGCCGACACUUGAACCGCAGGUUGCCACAGAGGCCGAGUCUCCUCAAUGCGAUCGUUCGGCAGCUGGACCCACUGGCAAGUCUGAUCCUACAGCCUGCCCGCGAUAUCUCAACAACCACGAAGCAGCCCACAUCGUGAUGAUAUGCAUCCACGCUCUGACAUCUUCAGUGCCUGUCGGCUGGCCGCGUACUUGGACACAAUUGCGUAGCUUACGUUCUUGGGGGAUCAUCAUUCCUAGUGCAACAGCCGAUGCUGAUGAUUUUGUCGAUCCGUAUAUCAACAUCAUUGACGCUUUGGAGUAUGAGCCGGCUGUGAUGCUUGCCGAUUGCCUGCUACGAGCCAUCGGCGUUCGGAGUAGCUUUGACCAUAUACACGCAGCAAUGCACAAAGAAGCGGGAAAAGUAGGAUCUGACUACGCUGCGCCGGAAGAAAGCUUAUCAGACAUACUGAUACAUCAUCUGAUAGUCGUCGAGCGAGUAGCGCUAGAGAGUAAGCGUAAAAUGAAAUCUGUCAAUACGGCAAACAAGGAACCUGGGUGGACGAUCACGGCUACGCUCGUUGAGUGGCUCAAGACAAUCAUUACUAAGAAAUGGGACGGCAACAUCGAGAUUCGCAAAUGGUCCAACGUUGGAGCAGCCAUAAUGUUGCUCCAUGAGCUACACGGGCACCAGCACCAGCUCAACAUAUGGUCUCGGAUGUUCAGGAUUCCUUACCUUCACGAACUCAUGAACGCUGUUGAUGAGCCGAUCAGAUACCUUCAUUGGAAACCGCAACUCAACACACUGCACGUUUUGCAGUACCCGGAGCUUCAUCCGACAGAGUACCUCGUCAGAUAUUUCCGUGUCGUUAAUCUCACAAGCAUGAUGACUCAGUAUGAUCACACUCAGCACACUCAGCAGAUGUUGCGCCAACUGGAUACGAUCCUCCGCGAGCCAUAUCUGUACAUGAUUAAGCAUCGACUCAAAAUCACAUUGAACGAUUAUCUGGUUCUUGAUGUUAGCCGAGAACAACCACUCAAGGAUACGCUCGAUCAGCUUUGGAGACAAGAAAGAAAGAUGUUGCUCAAACCUCUAAAGGUCAAGCUCGGCCAACAGGAGGGCGAAGUCGGUUUGGACCAUGGGGGUGUCACAUAUGAGUUUUUCCGCGUUAUAUUGGGUGAGGCGUUCUCGCCGGAUUAUGGCAUGUUCACGAUCGACUCAAAGACUCAGAUGACCUGGUUUCAGCCUGGAUCUAUCGAAUCUCUUUGGAAGUUCAAGAUGCUGGGCGUAUUGUUCAGCCUUGCAAUUUACAAUGGCAUCACCUUACCUGUUACCUUUCCGCUGGCAUUCUACAACCUGAUGCUCAACUCGCGGUUCAGGUUUCUCGACGACCAUACGAGCAUCGACUACAUUCGUGACGGCUGGCCUGAACUUGCGAAAGGGUUUGAGACACUUCUCGACUGGAAAGACGGCGACGUUGCUGAUGUUUUUAUGCGCGACUACGCUUUCAGCUACGAGGUCUUCGGGCAGAAGGUUGACAUUGAUAUGACGAAGCGUAACGGCAGAAAACCGACAUCCGAUGAGGUACCUCUGGUCACUAACGAAACGCGCGGAACCUUUGUUAGGGAUUACGUUACAUAUCUUAUCCUUCACUCCAUCCGUCCUCAGCUCAAGGCGUUCAAGAAGGGUUUCCAUACUUGUCUUAAUUCGCGCAGUCUUGAGCUCUUUACGCCUGAGAGUCUUAAAAAACUUGUCGAAGGCACGCAAACAAUCUCUAUUUCGGAGCUGCGUGCUUGUACAACGUACGAAGACUACGAUGUAACACACCCUACAGUGGAGAUGUUCUGGGAUAUUGUACAGGGCUACUCUCCACAAGAUGCGACACGUCUAUUAGAGUUUGUUACAGCAAGUGCUAGAAUACCGGUCACAGGCUACAGAAGUCUUACGUUCAACAUCGUACGCAUGGGAGAUUCGGAUCAGUUGCCUACCAGCAGUACAUGCUUUGGCAAGCUUUAUCUACCUGAAUACAAGGAUAAGGAGAAAAUGAGGACGAAGCUAGGAUUGGCUAUACAGAAUGCUAGGGGCUUCGGUGUUGUAUGAGCUAUCAUGAACCGUCGAAGGGUCCUGUCUCCAGCUGUCAAGGUACGAUUGGAGUAUAGCGUACGGGUGGCGCCGCUACCGGAGCAAAUAGGAAGUGAGGUCAAACUCUGGCAGUCUAAGAACUAGGCUUCGAUAGUUACACAAAUAAUCGUGUCAUGCUUCACCCGCCGGCCCAGCGACUAUCUUACAAUCGAGACGCAAUCUGAUGCCUACGAUAACUUUCCGUUUCUACCAAGCUUUUUGAGAUAGGAGCGAUAC